UACAUCAAUAAUUUUGAGCGUCCUGCGUUUACGUUCCUUUUGUCAAAUAACUGUCACAAUCGCGUUACGUGUAUUUUUUAAUCAACAUGGAUGGUGAUUAUUACUCCACUGUGUAUACAUGGUUUGAGAAAUGUGGGAUUAUAUCUAACAUCAGAACGCACCUACGUCAAAACUUGGUGAACGCUUUGAAGCACAAGGACCUGACUCUGUGUAAGACUAGAGAGGCAAAAUCAGCGAAACAGUAUGUUUACGAUAUGUUAAUAGCCGAAUAUCUGUUUAGUCACAAUUAUUCCUUCACCCUGUCGAUAUUUGCUAGCGAAGUACCGCUCUUGGUAAACUUUUGCAACAGUGUACCACAACGUUCCUCUAGUGACAAUGACAGAGGUGGUUGUAGCAAUAAGUUACAAAGCGAUUACAUAGUGCACACUCUGGAAACAUUGGGCAUUGAUCCAAACAGGCCUGAGGGCCAGCAUAUUAUAUCGAAUUACAUGAAUACCGAAGCACCGUUGCUGCUGUCCAUCCUAAGCUCCAUAGCUUCGCUCAUGAUCAACACUCAGUCUUCGAUUAAGAGUCUCUUGUAUGACAAGGAAACGCAAGCUAACUUAGUUCUGGAAACAAACUUUGCAGAAGUGACAAGAAUGCGUGCAGCCAAGAAGAAAAUUAUGCAACAGAAGCAAAUGUAUGAUGAGGAAUUGAGGACAAAGGAGAGCAAAUUGAAACAGCAAGUUUCCACUAUGAAACAUCAAUUUAAUUCAUUAAAUGCAAAAGUGGUAGAGGCCCAGAAUUUAAUGCAAUCUUUGAUACUGAAAGAAAAGCAGCUGAAUGAAGAGAAAGACAGUAAUGCACAAUGCAUCUUGCGGAAGGAGAUGGAGUUAUCCAUGAAACAAAAUUUCUUAACACAGGAAGCUAACAGAUUGCAGAGAGAACGGGAUAGUUAUAAGAAAUUUGAAGGCGGUUUGAAGAAGCUGCAACGGGAGCUCGUCAAAAUGCAGAAGGAGAUGCCACAAAGCGCGAUGAAUCAGUGCGCUCAGAAUAAUGUCAGGGACAUUCACGUGCAAACUGAUCUGGAAAUUCGCGCGAUAAUAGAUGAAUGUAGAAUUCUGCAGCAGGAGAAGCUGGAAUUGACGAAUCUCGUGCAGGAGCAACGAUCGAGGAUAGAGGAGAUCACGCUGCGUAGCGUGCAAUUGUCGCGCCAACUGGAGGAAGCGCGUACGAUUGGCGUUGAAAUACCGGUUCCCGUGACUCAAACGAACGCGACGAUCGUCAGCGAGAGCAGCUCCACGGAGGAUAUUCUGCAGGACGCGAAGAUGCGACUGAAACGCCUAGAAGAGGAGAGCUUGAGAGCUGACAAACACUUCUCCAAUUUCAUCAACCCUUCUUAGCAAUGGAGCAUUCCAUAAAAUAUUUAUAAAAUUAAUUUAUUUAUUUACGAUUAUCGACGAUUUUUGCGAAUGCACUUGACGCACAUCAUGCAUCUGCGUGAUCUCCGUCCAUCCUUGAAAGAAAGAAAAAAAAGACUGAAUUGAAAAACAUGUACCAAAAAUUAUCGGACAUUUAGAUAAUUUAUUUUCUAUAAAAUUGGAUAUUUUUUUAAAACAUUAAUAUACAAAUUAUCCACUAUCUUUUUUUUGCUUUAUUUCGAAUUCUACGUUCAUUACAUGCAA